AACUGCCUUCUGGCCAUUCUCUUCUCAUUCAGCAGCUGCUUCCGGCUAGUUGCAAAAAAUCGAAUUUUCUGCUUCUCUGUCCUUGUCCUCUACAAUUUCGAGGCUGUAACAUCAAGUGCACGACCAAUUUUUGCAAAAUGCUGUCCCGCAUCGUCCGACCUGCAGCCAGGAAUGUUUUGGCGAGGCAGUAUCACUCUCCCUCGAACCAGAAGCUUCCCACCAUGAACGACCUGCCUGUCCCUCAGGGUUCUUGGCAGCAACAUCACGCCAGCCUCCAGAGGAGGUACAACACCCACUUGGCUGUUGGAGUUACCUUCUGCCUGUUCUCCUUCUUUGUUGCCAAGCAAUCAGGCCUGUUCUUCUUCAACUGGGGACCUGAGCUGAAAAACAAGUAGAGGUAUUCACCCUUAAAAAUGUAUAGAAUGAAUUUAUGUUUUGAGACGUCCACAAAAGAGAGGAUGUCUUGAAUACUUGUAAUUAAUACGCAAUAAAUCCAUUAAUCAAGUCCA